CUCUUUUGUGGUAACUAGCGCCAGUGGUCUCCGUUUGGACUUAGUCCAUUUCCCUGUUGGAGUGGAUAUCUUUUCGACAAUUUCGCCGGAAAAAGGGAGCCCGACUUCCCAACCAUGAUGCAAAGAUUGAACGUUGCCGGACCCCUCCUGAGGGCUGCUGCCACUCAAGGGGUUGAGCAACAGCAACAACGUGGCAUGGCCACCCUCAAAGCCAUCUCAAUUCGCUUGAAGUCGGUGAAAAACAUCCAGAAAAUCACUCAAUCCAUGAAGAUGGUGUCAGCUGCUAAGUAUGCCCGAGCUGAGCGUGAUUUGAAGAAGGCACGUCCUUUUGGUGUUGGCUCUCAGCAGUUCUUCGAAAAGGCCGAAAUUGCUGUUCCAGAGCAGACAGAGAAGAAGCACCUGGUUAUUGCAAUGACAUCUGACCGUGGUCUCUGUGGUGCUGUGCACUCUGGAGUGGCACGUCUCAUUCGCAAUGAACUGGCUGAUGCUACUCUGGCAGCCAACACGAAGAUUGUUUGCGUGGGUGACAAGAGUCGAUCCAUUCUUCAGCGAAUCUUUGCUAAGAACAUCAUCUUUGUGGCCAAUGAGGUUGGACGCUUGCCACCCACCUUCAUCGAUGCAUCUAAGCUGGCUGAUCAGAUUCUGAACUCCGGCUACGAUUUCACCGAUGGGAAAAUUGUCUACAAUCGCUUCAAGUCUGUGGUGUCCUACAGCUUGAGCAACAUUCCCAUCUUCAGUCGAUCCUCAGUGGAAGGCGCCGCCAAUUUGUCCGUGUACGAUUCCCUGGAUGCUGAUGUAAUCCAGAGCUACUUGGAAUUUUCACUGGCAUCAUUGCUGUUCUACACCAUGAAGGAGGGUGCUUGCUCAGAACAAUCCUCCAGAAUGACAGCCAUGGACAAUGCAUCCAAGAAUGCUGGUGAGAUGAUUGACAAGCUCACGCUGACGUUCAAUCGUACGCGACAGGCCGUGAUCACCAGGGAGCUCAUUGAAAUUAUUUCUGGUGCUUCGGCCCUCGAGAAAGAGAAGUAAUUCACUGCCAUCCGAUCUGGAAUGUGCAACGUGUAGUUGAAAGUAAUCAAUAUUCCCUUUUUAAUUUUAAUCUAAUUUGUUGUUAUACACACAUGCUACAAGCCUCCUGAUCCUCCCAAUCCUUGUUCACAUCUCUUGACACAGUCUACAGCCACUGAAAUCCGCUUAUUAACAUCCAACUCUCACUGGGAGACUGUGUCGAGAUGGGAUCAACGAUUUGCCCUUAAUCUCCUAAGAUUUGCAUUUUCAGGAAUAUUUAAAGGAAUAAAAGUGGUACGAGACAAAACUUGGAAAAAAA